AUGGCGGAAAAGUCAGACGACGCCGACAAAAAUGGGUGUCCUGACUUGCAGACAUUGUUGUUGGGUUUGAAGAGAACAGUAGAGGGUCUUUUAGCGACACACAGUAACAAUGUGUGGUCAACAUAUGGAGGACUCUCGCGGCUUUGUGUUGCCGUGGAGAAUAUCCUUAUCCAUCGACUUAAAGUUUAUCACUACCGGGGUGACUUAGGCUGCGUCCCUGACUAUUGGCCGUUCAUCCAGGGACUGAAGUGGCUACAGCCCACCAGCGCACCCACCAUUGACCGUCUGAAUAGGACGGCCCAGACCACAGAGCAGCUGGGCAAGGGACCAGUGUGGGUAAGGGAGAGCUUACAGGCUCAUACCUUGUCCUCACAGCUGAAGAUACUGGUGAUGAAUUACGCUCAUGUGUCCCAGUUCUACCAUGAUGAUGCAUUCCUGUGUAACAGGGACUACUUUCAGGCCAUGUACCUGUGCCUACAGGCCGUAGAGUUAAACAAGGUCUCCCUGCUGACAGAGAUUGACUUAAGCCUGAUAACACGCCACAAGAGAGUCUCGCACAUCCGAAGUGCUUCUCUGCCCAUCAACCAGCUCUCCUCAUUGGCCGACAUGGGGCGGCGGAAAGGUUCAAGUCAGGAUGUCUGGGCAUUGGCCCCACCCUUCACCUCUCCCAAAUCAGAGAGCAUCCUGGGACCAUCAGUGGAACAUGUUCUACCUUAUAAUAUAGAAUCUGCAAUGGAUGAUUCUAUGACAUCAGCGAAGGAUGCCUUGAUAUCCGUGUUAGAAAAGUCAGGCGGGAGUUCUUCCUCUUUGUCUAACUCUCCUUUGUUGGACACCAGUUUUAGUCUAGUGGACAAGGUAAACAGUGACCCUUUAAUGAAUGUGGAGAUUUUGUCGGGCUCUGACAAUUUACGAAAGCUUGCUUCAAGGAAAUCCAAACCUCGGAACAUGUCUACAGGGAGUUAUCACAGUGCCAAUGGAAAGAUUUCAAAUGGCAACGUUAAACACAAAUCCUUGUCAGCUUCAGAGUAUGCUGAGGAAACAUUUUCACGGAGUCCGGACAGCGGCUUGACGGCCACUAGCCCAGAUAAUUUAUUGGACGAUAUCCUCAACUACGAGCAUGACAGCUUUGAUCAAGAAAUAGCAAAUAGCUUUCGAAGCACUUUAUCGAGGAAUCAGUCAAGUGAUUUAACAGUGUCCAAGGGAAAUAACUCUUGUGAAAGUGUGAAUAACAAUUCAGCACAACAACAGCGGAAUUCGAAAGUGUUACAUCGACCAGUGAAACCCGAAGCAGCUGCAUCCAGGCUUAAUAGGCAGCCAUUGCAGCACUCCCUAUCCCUAGUGAACCGGAACAAUUCUUGUGUCGAUAAUCCAAGCGACCAAUCAGAUUCUACUUUGGUUGAGCCGACCAAUCAUUCCUCUUCACUCCCAAAGUCUGGACUGCAGAGUCAAAAGUGGAAUGAACAUGACUUUAAACGUGCAAGCUUUACCGAGAACACAGAAGGGUAUUUUCCCAAACCUGCUCAGGGACAGUCCUUACGGAGUUACCUCUCUUCUCAGGAUUUUCACACCUGUGCCAACAUAGACAAGGAGAAUGCUCACUUCAGUAUAUCAGAGGCGCUGAUCGCAGCGAUAGAGCAGAUGAAGUGGAACCACGUGCUGACUCCUCGCUCGGCAUCGGAUCAUGAGGAGGGUGACUCUGAUGAGGAGAUCCAGGAGCUGAAACAGAGGAUCCGGAUCCGCCGACGAGAACGACUCCACGAGAAAGCAAAGGGCUAUCGGCUGUUAAGUGAUGGGAGAACAGAAACCACAACGAACAGUUCUUAUUCUCCUACGUCACCCAAUGAGUCUUACGAAGGGUCAGAUGAAUCUGGAUCCAGUGACGAUGAUGUUGAUGACAGAGAGAUAGAGCUGACACUGGGUGAUACUCAGUCCUCCAACCUGACCACCCUCAAGGACUCUGGACUUUCCCUCUCCAUGGCUUCACUCUACUCAGGUAGGUGUUAAGCAGUCAAACAUCUACCUGAUAUUGAGCUCUUAUAUGAUGUGUAUCUACACCUUUACAUUUACCUGCAGACUUACCCUAACUCUUCCCUUUCACAAAACUUAGUUCUUUAAAACUUUGUGUUUAAAUUGUUGACAAACUUAGUAUUAGGCAAUAUUCUACAUCUGCAUAGGUUUUUUUGUGUUCUUCCACAGAAUCUUCUUUACAAACAAAAAAUAAAACCCUUGUAAUCCAAAACAAGAGGAAGUAACUUGGAAUUUUAACUCAUGUUCGCUUGCCUCCUGAAAUUUAUAUCCUCUUUAUGAAACUACUCAGAUAUAAGUUUGUAGUCUCUGUAGUGUUAGAACUUGAACAAUGG